UACCGUAUAGAUCGAUCCUCCAACCUUUGUUAGAACCAUACAAACAUAUCAACAUUGACAUGCCGAUCAUUAAUUACAAACGCUCUUGACAUUUAUCCUUGGUGUAUUUCUCAUCCUUUUCCACCACCCAAAAAUUUGUCAACCGCUCGUUAUCGUUCUAAUGAAUUUAUCAACCAACCAAACCAAUUAUCUGCCAAUUUGCAGCCUCCACUUCCACCUAGACGGGUGAGCAAAAGGUGUUGCAUCUAUGUAACGGUUUAAACCAUCGAUUAAAAAAAAAAAUCUUACAUAAAGCAUCGUGGUUUGCGUGAACCCAAACGCGAAACGUUCAUUUCUACCAGCACAAAACGAUGAACGGCUCGGUACCGCUAGCUCAUGGCCGCGUGCAGUAGACCCGUUCAUGGGCAGGGCAUCAAUGGCUCAUCGAUAGGGCAAGAGGCAAGAGAGAGGCAAGCAGGGUGAAACCUACAGACCGGCCCGCGACCGACUUUGGUAGGCUGCAGUUUGUGGCUUGGUAGCAAUAGUGCAGACCGUCGGUUGGUUAGUCGCUUGCCAGGGCUUGGAUUGUCCAGCCGAACGCCUAACGAAGAAACGCUCAGUGGUCAGUAGUGUCGGUGGUGUCGAUAGAACAUCGGUGUGUGGCUUAAAAAUGGUGCUGUUAGUAAAGAUCGUCCUCUGCUCGAUGCUGCUUAGCGGUGGUGUUAUGAUUUACCAAUUUAUAGACGCCCAGGCACAGCAUCUUCUGGCGCAGGCCCUCUAUCUCGGCGAUCAGGAUGCGUUCAACACGACGCGGGAGGAUUGCGUGUGGAAGCGAAGCAACGGGCAGGACGUCUGUCCGGAUGAGGAUAUCAGCAUCUACCUCUACACGUCCGGCAUCGUGAAGGAUAAGUUUAAGUUCGAUCAUCGGCUUCGGGAUUGGUUGAACAACACGGAAUGGGAUCAUGCGAAGGAGAACAUCAUUCUGAUACACGGGUACGCCGGCGGUGAUGAUACGCUACCGAUUGCGGUUCUACGAGAUGCAUACAUUAACCACGGUGGAUACAAUGUCUUUCUUGUCGACUGGGGUGCCCUCUGUCAGCCACCGUGCUAUGUCGCAGCCGUGUACAAUAUACGUUCAGUAGCGACCUGUCUGGCACAGAGUUUGAUGCAGUUGCGCGAUCUUGGAUUACCGGUAGAGAAGACAACCUGCGUUGGCCAUUCGCUUGGGGCUCACAUCUGUGGUUUGAUGGCGAACUAUCUCAACUUUCGAAUGGAGCGCAUUAUAGCAUUGGAUCCUGCCAGGCCACUCAUCAAACCGGGAGGCGUUAAUAGACUCGAUCAGGGAGAUGCCAAAUACGUGCAGGUCAUACACACGAAUGCUGGCCAUUACGGUGAGGGAGGUCGUGUGGGACACAUCGAUUUCUGUGUGAACGGUGGCAGACGGCAACCGUACUGUGGAAAUAGCACAAAUAUAAACCUCUGCAGCCACAUCUGGGCUAUUUGCUACCUGGCACAGUCACUGUACGAAGGACAUGAACCGAUGGCGGAACCGUGCAGUCGUCGAUGUCCUUCUAAUGCGGUGCUAUCCGGUAUCCGUCAGGGACGACGACGGUUCGGCUAUGCGAUGGGUUAUGCCAUACCGAUGGGCUUGAAAACACCACCAAAUGCCGCCGGCUCGUACUGCAUCAAAGACAAUAAUCCACCCUUCUGUCCAUCGAAUCCGACGAUGCCCGGAGAUCAGCGGUGUUGCAUAUAAACCAAUCGUACUCGUACCAAGGAGAUUCUUCCAGCCGGAGACAUCAUACAUUCGUUCCACAGUCAACCAGUCAACCAGUCAGAAGAAUCAUUCUAGCUUUUAAGUUCUCAUCUCAUCAUGCGAGUAAUUUCCAGUGUGUGUGCGUUUGUGUGUGUAUGUUUGUGUAGGCUCUUUACCAACGUUUCAUUUUAUCAUCAGCAUCUUUCAAUCACAAUUCUCACGUAGCACAAGAGUAAUCAACUCCACCAUAAGGCGAUUGCCGUAUCGAUCGCCAUCAGGAAGUUGUAAUAAUGACUGCAGAUUUUCACUGCAAAAGGGCAAAGAAAUAAAUUACAAUUUUGAAACGAAUACACUAUUAUUGGCACUUUUGU